AUGAAGCGCUUCACAAGUCUCAUUAGUCGAUCGAGGAGCCACGACAAGACCACAACGACUCGCGAACUAGCCAACGUACCAGCAGAUUCGCCCGAAGCAAACGCACCGCGUGCGAUCCGAUCGUUCUGCGAGUCUGGGGCCAACAGCAAUGGCGGGGAGGAAGUGCUGCACCUGCCGGUGAUAGUCGAGGCAGCAGAGUCCUCGCCUGCUGCGUCGGCUGCGUCGGCAAGAACGAUCCAGGAAUUGCUCGGCAAGCAAUGGAGUACCAAGCCCCAUGUCCAGUUCAAUGCGAUCAUGGUCCUGCGCAUCCUCAGCGACCACCCAGGCCCGAGCUUCACCAAACACUUUGACAAGUCGUUCGUCAGUGCGGUCAAGGAGCUGUUGCGCAAUUGUCGGGAUCAGAGUACGCAGCAGAUACUGCGCGAGACGUUGGACAGUCUCGAAGUCAACAAAGCGCACGAUGAGGGAUUACAGCCACUCAUACAGAUGUGGAGGAAAGAGAAAGGCGGCACAGCGAGCUUGAACCACCAGAGAGGGAUGAGAGCACCGCAAGCACAAUAUCAGCAGCCCUAUGACCAAGCGGGAGGCGCAUACCAGCAACAACAGCAGCAUUACGGUCAACCAGCCUACACAAACGGCAGCCAACAAUACGGCAACCCACAGCAAUCUACCAGCCGCCGCCAACUCCCACCACCCUUCGAGCUAGCAAGUCGAGUCGAGGAAGCUAGGAACACCGCGAAUAUCCUCUUGCAGCUCAUCCAAUCUACCCCCCAUUCCGAGAUCCCUGCCAACGAAUUGAUCAAGGAGUUCAAUGAGAGGUGUCAGAGUGCUUCGAAGAGCAUGCAGAACUAUAUCAGUGCUGAUAAUCCGCCACCGGACGAUAAUACGUUGCAGACGCUUAUUGAGACUAAUGAGCAGUUGAGUCUGGCCAGUAGUCGAUAUCAAAGGGCGGUAUUGGCUGCACGCAGGGCAGUGGGGACGGGACCUAGUCCUGGUGCAGAGAGUGCGCCGGGUGGAAACGGUGGAUAUAUGGGUGCUUCUGCUCCAGAGUCGCAGCCGCAGAGCUUGUUCCAGUCCGCACCUACGCAGUCGCAAGACCAUGCGUAUCCGGUUGCUGGCUCCUUGUUCGGUCAGUCGCACUAUCAAAACGUGUCGCAGACGAAUGGCUACUCGUCGCCACCUGGUCCGCCCCCGGGCCAACUUCAAGCGCAGCAACGAGCUUCGCAGCAACCUUCGCCGAAUGUCUCGCCACCAAUGCAAUACUCGCAGCCUGCUCAGCCUGCGAGGCAAGGUCCAAGGACAGUACCGUUCUCCGAUCCUUUCGCGGAUCCUUUUGAGCACGAGAACAACCCUGCUCCGUUAGCAUUCGAGCCUACAAAUUAUGGCAGUCAACGUUACAGCAACGUGCCCCAGCAUACACAACCUCGCCCGCACGAGGCCAACGGCCUUGGCAGACGUGGAACUCUGGACCUUGAGAACGCAUACAGUCCCAACCCCUCCGAACGCAACUCCUCCAUCCCCAGCACCGUCUCCGCCCUCUCACCUACAGUAGGAGCAGGCAAUACAUCACCCACCCAACGUCCAGGACCAGGCGCCUGGCACAACAGCACCAUCACCCCCUCAUUCCUCGGCAGACAAACAAGCGCCGCGGAUGGAUUGACCAUGCAUGGAGCACAGAGCGAUGACAACGUGGCGGAACUUGAUCAUCACUCUCAAGUCGGGAGAAGGGAAAGAGAACCCACGUCGCCAACGAGCGCGAAUCGUAGUGCCGGCGGGAACUCGUUUCAGGUCUCGUCGCCUGUGGAUGGCAAUACGCCCCUUACGGAGCGGAGAGUCGAUGUUGCGGGGACGGGUGGGUUUAGGAAUAGUUUUAUUGCGAAGAAAUAG